AUGGCGGAAACACGAAUCCAAGUCCUGUCUGAUCUUCAUUUGGAGACCCCGGCCACUUACGACAUUUUCACAAUCCCCCCUCAUUCCCCAACUCUGGCGCUGCUCGGAGAUAUUGGAUACGUGCAAGACGCAGGAUUCUUCGAAUUUCUCCAGCAACAAUUGUCCAAUUUCCGUCUCGUCCUCUUCGUUCUUGGUAACCAUGAACCAUACCAUAGCAACUGGACCGAUGUCAAGACUAGAUUAGGCCGCUUCAGCGAUGAUAUGCAGAAGUGGUUCCUGGAGGGCAAGAUAGCGGGCGAGUUCAUCGUUCUCGAUCAAACGCGUUACGACAUAUCCCCCUCCGUCACUAUUCUAGGCUGCACACUCUUCUCGGGAAUCACGUCAGAACAAACCCAAAGCGUCAGCUACGGGUUGAAUGACUUCUACCUGAUUGAAGAUUGGUCGGUCGACUUACAUUGCCGUGCCCAUUAUGCGGACUUAAGCUGGCUCAAUGAACAAGUGGAAUUAAUCUCACGUCUUGAACCAGCUCGGAAAAUUAUCAUUCUUACACAUCAUAGUCCUUGUACGAACGAGGAAACAAUCGAUCCCAAGCACAAAGGGAGUUCAAUCUCGUCCGGAUUCGCGACAGAUCUCUCGAGAGAACCCUGCUGGACGAAUCAAAAUGUCACCGUUUGGGCGUUUGGGCACACCCAUUUCAAUUGUGACUUUCAAGAUGCCAAAACUGGAAAAAGAGUUGUCUCGAACCAGCGUGGUUACUAUUUCGCUCAGGCAGCUGGGUUUGACUCGCAAAAGGUUGUCACUGUAUGA